CGCAGCGCUAGACAGCCACCGGUCAUGAAACCUGAGAUAAUGGCAUUCCAGGCAUCCUCUUUCUGCCUGUAUCCCUUCACUGCGCAGUCGAAAGUGGAAAACAAUCCUCCCCAAAUUCCGAAAUUGCCUCCGACAACGGGUGCGCGAGCCUUCAUGGAGGCAAUAGCACCCACGAAACGUUCCCCCUGGACAUGCUUAGAGACCGGAGCUCCUUCAUGGUACGACUGCUUACUCGCGGAGAGUUUCUUGAGCCCUUAAUGCCAUACCAUAUCCCUCCACCAACUGCACCCAUGGAAAAAGCGCCGCCGAAAUCAUUCAGGAUGACCCAUGGGCUAGACAAACGGAGAUGAGACCAAGAAGGAAUGGACUGCAGACACUGUGUACCAGGGAUCGCGGGUGUGGUCAGCGUGGGCCAUGAGAGGUCAAGCAAGAGAAAUUUUAGAGAUGUUUCUGCUUACGUGUGCAAACUUUGGGUCUGGAUCACGUGUGGCGCGUUGUUGUGGACGUUAACGGUUUGUGGCCGACCUCAAGCUGCACUGUAUGUUGCUCUCAACGACGCUCCGAACAUGAACGUCUCCGUCUAUCGCGACGUCUGGAGGCCAUAUAUUGAAAUCCCGCCCUCCCCGUAUCGAAUCCCUCGCGCCUCGCCACAGAAUCACACUACUGUCAAAGAGAACGAUCAUUCAGCCAUGUCCUAUUCAACGUUCGAUUCCGGAGUCUCGUCUUCCUCGACGCUGAAGCGAAAGCUCCCAAGCGAGUUUCCGAUGCAACAGCUUCCUGCUCCCGCGGCAUUUCUCAAGAAGGCUAGACUCGAGCCCGUUCUGCCAUCAGUCACCCCGCCUGCUGAGGUGAUCAAAGCCCAUACAUAUUGCCACCAAUGCAGCAAGAAACGCGACAAAGACGAUUGCGCGCAUUGCAACCAUAUCAAGGUCGACAUGAUCGCGAACGACAAACCAUUCAAGACGCGUCGGUGUCACAACAAAUAUUGUCGGUCUUGUCUCAAGAACAGAUACGAUGAGGAUUUGGAUGCCAUCAAGUCGCGCCUCGCGCCAGAUGAAUAUGAAAGCAGCCGCAUGGGAGAGGGCUACAACUACACAUGUCCGAGAUGCCGUGACGCGUGUAAUUGCUCUCGUUGUCGAAAGGCCAAGGGCUUGGAAGCCACAGGGAAACUCGCGAAUCCGGCGAAUGCAGCCAAUGGAACAAGAACACAUUCUCAAGGCAAAGCGAGCAAGCUGCAAGGUAGCUCGAGGACCACAGCGAAAACGAUCGGAGCUGUUCCAACACUGAAAUGGACAAAGUUGCGAAUGGAACUCUCAGUGGAGGAAGCCGAGUCUCGAAUGCACAUCCGUGAAUUUGUUUUGCGAUUCUUCUCAAAGUCGAUGACAAAAUCGCAUCUCGAAGAGCUGGAUUGCAUCGGUGGGAAUGGCCGAGCUCGAUACGAGGACGGGGAACUGGUGCCCUGGAUCAGUGAACCGUGUCUGAAGUCUGUGCUCAUCGCCUUCCUGUCGGUGCUCCACGAAGAGGAGACGAACGCCGCCAUCAAGAGGACGAUUCACGUUGCCAUCAAGGACUUGAAGGGGGCCGGUGUGGGCCUGGGCAAGAUGUGGCAGAUCCUUUCAUCUACAAGGGAUGCUCUCGAUGCAUCAGAGCCUGGCUCAGACGAUGGGAACGAGUCGGACGAAUCAGAAACGGUCCCCUCGUUCCCAGAUCCUAUGCCUUUGCCGGACUCCGCGAUCAGCAACUCACGCCGCACUCGAAGUACGGGCUCGUUCAUCGUUGACACCGUUCAGAUGAUCCCCGUGGUGCUGGGUCUGAUAGAUGCGGUCUUGGAGACGUCGGUGAUCCGAACCGAGUUGGACAAUGGCGCGAAAGAGAGCAAGGACGUGAGCCGCGAUGUCAAAGAUGCGAUCAGACACGCCAAUGACUUGUGGGACAAGUCGAGGAAGGAUACGGACAAUGUACAGGGUGGAGAGUUCAAGGCAAAACGUGAUGCUCAUAGGCAGCUCCUGCUGGACAUCGAAGGGGCCGGAAAGGUCGUGAUGCAUCGCUCCAACCCUCGAUUUGCUCCCCUUGGCAGCGACCGAGACGGGCGAGUCUACUACGCCCUUUCGCCGAAUGUGACCGAUUCGGAAUCUGCCCAAGAGUUCAUUGGUCUCAUGUCAGCUGACGAUGACGAUGCGGCCCGCAACGCGAAAAGCCGUCGUAAGAAGCGACCGAAACGCGAGGAAGAACGCAGCGCUCUUCGGGAGUGGUCGUGGCUGGUCGCGAUCUACGGCAAAAAACCUCCAAUACAACCAGGUCUGCUGCCCUUCAAACCACUGGCAGAGGACAGUCAAGACAAUGAUGACUCUGAUGACGAUGAGACGACGAACAAAUGGUGGGCCAUCUGGCAACCGGCUGAAGUCAGGAAAUUGGCGACCUGGCUCACAAUCACUUAUCGUCUCGGCGACGACUCUAUUUCCUCCCCCUCGACCAGUACCGCCAGUUCACCAUCGUCGGACUCGUCUUUCAACGACCGGCCUAUCCGUAUGUCUCCACACGCCUCGCGAUCUGAACUUCUCUCUCUGGUCUCUCAACUGCAGGAUUAUGCGAUGUCCUUGGACUUCCGACUGCGAGAAGGUGAUCUGGUGCCUGCCCUAAACACGGAGUCAGACCCAAAGGGGUAGUUGAAGGCCUAGCUCAUCACACUCAUUCAUACCCACUGCUGUAUCUUUCCUGUA